GAUAGUAACUAAACUUUACUGAGGUGCAAAUAUUUCUCCAACAGCAGAGCAGAAACAGCUUUCCCUGCCCUUCCUCCGCUAUAAGUGCUUCAGUAUCGGAAAUCCCUUCCUUCGCAAUCUUCCUCGAUUUUCUCAAUCUAAAACCAAAAUGACCAUCCUCUACCCCUAGUCUUCAUUUUCCGUAACCCUUCCUCCAUUUCUAGGGUUUCCGCCAUGGCUGAGUGGCAGCCCCUCCUCCAAUCCAUCUUCGUCGGCCUCAUUGUCUCUUUCCUCAUCGCCAAGCUCAUCUCCUCCGUCCUCGCCACCAAGCACGACAUUCGCGCCUCCCCUCCCGAACCUCACACAACAACCGGUGCCGUUCCUGGGCCUGGGCUUAGGCUUGGGCCCGCUUUCGCAUGGUCCGAUGCUGGCGAUGCUAACGAGACCGAGUCCUUAUCGGCUGAGCAGGGGAGCCCGACUCACAGUGGAGUGGGCAGCGACAGUGACGACGACGACGACUGGGAAGGCGUGGAGAGCACGGAACUCGAUGAGGCGUUCAGUGCUGCGACCGCGUUUGUUGCGGCCGCGGCGGCGGAUCAGCGAUCUCAGAAGGUGUCGACGGAUGUGCAGCUGCAGCUCUAUGGGCUUUACAAGAUUGCCACCGAAGGUCCCUGUAGUGUGCCGCAACCCUCGGCGCUGAAAAUGACGGCUCGAGCGAAAUGGCAAGCAUGGCAAAAAUUGGGUGCUAUGACUCCUGAAGAUGCAAUGCAGAAGUACAUUGAUAUUGUUACAGAGCUAUAUCCCUCAUGGCUUGAUGGCGCUUCACUUUCGAGGGACAAAGGCAGUGAUGGUGACAGUGGCGGCUCUGGCUCAGAGUCUAAGGGACCAAUGGGACCAGUAUUCAGCAGCUUCGUGUUUGAAGAGGACUCUGGUAGUGACUUGAAAAUGGACGCCAUUCAUGGAUUUGCCAGAGAAGGGGAUGCGGUUAAUCUACUCAAGUGUGUUGAAAAUGGUGUUUCAGUGAAUGUCAAGGGUGAGUUAUUCAUAGCUAUUUCCAUUCCCCUUUUACUUAUCAUUCACAACUCACAAGUGUGCUGAAAAUUGUGAAAUGAUGCUUGUAUGGUUGUUAAGUGGAAUGAGGUUAUCAUAAUGGCCUGCAAGCAUUAAGUACCAUUGCUAAUUACUUUUGGUAGCAUUGCUUGGCAAGCAUAACUUGGCAGUUAUGAACAUUUUGUUGCUACAUGUUCAAUUUUUCAUUUUAGUCUUUCAUUUGUCCUUGUCUUACACUGUAUUUUGCACAUUUGAGUAACAUGGAUGAUUCCCAGUUAUCUUUUGAAAAUGGGGAGUUUUGAUUCGUAAUAAUUGAAGUAGCUAUAGUAAAAUUGUAUUUUUUUGUCCUUCAUAGUACAUUCUCUCAACAAAUUAUUUUAUGAAACAGGUUUUCAAUAUUUCUUUUUUUGAAAAUGGUAGUUGUGUGCUGCAACAUUGGUCAUCAUCACAUUAUAUCUGAUAUUAGUAGAUAAAUUGCUCUUCUAGAUCGCCAUUGAUCUCCUGAAAUGAUUCCUCUUUGGUAUUACCAUUAAUAUUGUUUAUGCUGUUUUAUUGCCGCAGU